UAGUUUAUGCUAUUAAGCAAAGGAGAUUCUUGAUUCCCAUUAAAAGAUUCUGAAUUCAAAUGCUUUUAUAAGUCCUUCUAAAGCCCCCAAUCAACUCAUUUCUCUCUGUUUUACUCUUUACUCUUUAGUACUCUCUCUCUCUCUCUGCCUUGGAUAUGAGUUUCUAAGCUUAAUUAACAUGGAAACUUUACACCCCACUUGGUAUUUACCCAAUUCCAGUUGGCUUUUCCAAGGAAUUAGCCAGAGCAGCACAGAAUGGACUAAAGAGGAGAACAAGAAGUUUGAGAGUGCUCUUGCAAUAUACGACGAAACGACGCCGAACCGGUGGGCAAAAGUGGCGGAGAUGAUCCCAGGGAAGUCGGUUUAUGAUGUGAUCAAGCAGUACAAGGAGCUUGAAGAAGAUGUCUGUGACAUAGAAGCUGGGAGGGUUCCGAUUCCGGGGUAUUUUUCACCUUCUGAUUUUACUACCAUUGACUUGGUUGAUGAUCGUGAUGAUUCCUUUAGAAAAAAACCUCAAUCCGCUAGAGCUUCUUCUGAUCAUGAAAGAAAGAAGGGUGUUCCAUGGACCAAAGAUGAGCACAGGCAGUUCCUGUUAGGGCUGUUGAAGUAUGGUAAAGGGGAUUGGAGAAAUAUCUCUCGAAAUUUCGUCGUCACCAAGACCCCAACACAAGUAGCGAGUCAUGCUCAGAAAUACUUUCUAAGGCAGCAUUCUGGAGGGAAAGACAAAAGGAGGCCAAGCAUACACGACUUCACAACAGUCAAUCUCAGAGAAAGUAAUACUAGCCCAUCAGAGAAUAUCAUUAAUCUUCCUAAUUUCUUUGACCAUUCUUCUGUUGUUCAUAGUGAAGAGGCACACAAAGGAUUACUUGAUUGGAACAUUCCUAGUGAAGAAGCGCUCAUGGUUUUGGGCUCAACUUGUGGCAAUCUCUUCAUGAAUUCCCCAUAUGACAUUUCUUCUCCCAAACUGCCUCUGAGGCAAAAUCUCUAUGGUGGUGGUGCUCGGUUUGCUGCUCAUACAAAACCGCAAUCUUCCAUGUUUGAAAUGCAAACCUCUAGAUAUUAAGCAGCCACUUUUUUUCUUUUCCUUCAUGUUUGUGGAUGGAAUGCAUUAGAAAAUGUUCAUUUAAUUUCAGUUGUCAUGAAUCAUCAGCACUCUUGUCAUGGUUCUACAUGAAGAAGUUUCAUAGUUAGUGUUGAACAUUAUAGGCAGAUGAAAUCUGGCAAAUGUUCCCAAGUGUAAUA